GUCACAAAUGUCAAAAAAGCCACGCAAUGGGAAACGAAGUUGAGGCGAAAAGCAGUCAAAAAAUAGAAAUAAGCGAAUAAAAUAAAACAAACCAGACACAAAAAGAAUGCUCAAAGAUCCAGUAAAUCAAUUUGCAUAAUUUGGAAAGUGUGUUUUAACUAUACAAUAACCAAAAAACAGAUCAAACUAAAUCGAGCCAGUCUGUGAGAAAAAUGGAGAGAAACAACAACAACCUGCCCGUCGAGGAUGAGCAACGUCCGGCCAAUGGACACGCCCUUAAGAACGGCAACGGAGUGGUCCACCCUAAAGAGGAGGCGAUCGCUCCUGCCGCCAAUGGCUGGGCUCAGGUCCUGUGGAAUACCUGGGAUGCCUUCGCGGACGUGGCCUGGUUCAUCAUCUGCUGCAUUGGAUACAUUCUACAGGAUCUCUACUACAUUGCCUUCGGCUAUCCCGAAAAGGAGCUCAACACAGACGUUGCUCUGAUCACAGGUGGUGGCAAUGGACUUGGUCGUCUGUUGGCAGAGAGACUGGGAAAGAUGGGAACCAAGGUCGUUAUCUGGGACAUCAACAAGAAGGGCAUUGCGGAAACCGUCGAAAUCGUCGAAGAGGCGGGCGGCUAUUGCAAGGGAUAUGUGGUGGAUAUAUCCAAAAAGGAAGAGGUCUACAAGGCGGCCGAUGUUAUUAGAGCGGAAGUUGGUGAUGUCACUCUGCUGAUCAACAAUGCGGGCGUUGUAUCUGGACUGCACCUUUUGGACACACCUGACCAUCUGAUCGAGCGGUCGUUCAAUGUGAAUGUCAUGGCACACUUUUGGACGACAAAAGCGUUUCUGCCCAAAAUGAUUGAGAAUGAUCGAGGACACAUUGCCACGAUCGCCUCGCUGGCCGGCCAUGUGGGCAUUAGCAAAUUGGUCGAUUACUGUGCAAGUAAAUUCGCAGCGGUUGGCUUUGAUGAGGCUUUGAGGCUGGAGCUGGAAGUCCUUGGACAUACGAACAUCCAAACCACCUGCAUCUGCCCCUUCUUCAUCCAGGCCACUGGCAUGUUCGACGACGUGAAUGCCAGAUGGGUCCCCACACUGAAUCCCAACGAUGUGGCCGAUCGUGUCAUUGCGGCCAUCAGGAAGAACGAGAAACUGGCCGUCAUACCCGGCUUCCUCAAGAUCCUCCUCUCCUUCAAGUGGACCUUCCCCUGGGGCUGUGUGGGUGGCUUGCUGAAGCGCCUGGUGCCCGAUGCCUCCCCCCACGGCCUGCCCAGCUCCAUAGCCGCCCCGUUACCGCUGAACUCCAAUGGCAAGUCGACGGCCGCCGAUAUUGCCGCUCUGGAUGCGGAGCUAAGUAGCGUUACUCUGCCGGCGAAGCCACCCUCGAUGCUCAUCCAAAGGACACCGUCGCUGGGGGAGCGUGUCCUUUGAGCGCCCAACGAACUCCAUACCACAGCGCACCACCCUAAACCCUACACCGCACCACCACCCACUCCUGUUGUUACAUAUAUCCACAUUAUACUUUCUUUCCAACGUUUGUGUGCAUUUUA